ACGAAACUGAAAAAAGUUUGCACUCAGGGACCCGUAGAUAAUAUUCUUGUUUCAAGCAAAAACCUAGAAACCCCACUAAAAGAGUUCCGCCGCCGCCGCUUCCACGCUCUCCCGGCGUCGUCUACCGAGCCCUUCCAAGAUGUCGAAGCGAGGGCGAGGAGGCGGCGGGGAACAAGUUCCGGAUGUCGCUGGGGCUGCCGGUGGCGGCGACGGUGAACUGCGCGGACAACACGGGGGCGAAGAACCUCUACAUAAUUUCGGUGAAGGGGAUCAAGGGGCGGCUCAACCGGCUCCCAUCUGCCUGCGUUGGGGACAUGGUGAUGGCCACCGUCAAGAAGGGGAAGCCCGAUCUCAGGAAGAAGGUUAUGCCCGCUGUCAUCGUGAGGCAGCGCAAGCCCUGGCGCCGAAAGGACGGGGUCUACAUGUACUUUGAAGAUAAUGCUGGAGUUAUCGUGAACCCAAAGGGAGAAAUGAAAGGUUCUGCUAUUACUGGCCCCAUAGGGAAGGAGUGUGCUGACCUCUGGCCAAGGAUUUCAAGUGCAGCCAAUGCUAUCGUCUGACGACAAUAUCUCUCAAGAUUAACACCAGAGAUUUGGGUUGGCAUUUUGGUAGUUUUAGUGCCUUGCAGUGUAGUGAUGGAAGUUCAGUUCUUCAGUGUUGUGGUUUUCUGCAUUUAGACUAAGCUGUAAUAUGGAAAUUAAAUCUUGUGGAUUCCUAUUCAUCUGCUAAUUACCUGUUCUUUUUGCACAA